UCUGUGACUUAGUUUUUUUUUACCCGUAGUAAAGUAGUCAGCCUUACGUACGGGGAGGUGGUCUGGAUGGGAUUUGAACCCCGGCCCUGCCGUGUGAAGACUGGCGCCGCUGUCGCCUCGGCCACCGGACCCCCCCAAGAAAGAUCUCAGAACACUAGCCAUCAAAUAUGAAAGUUAUUAGAUAACUGGCCUAUUUUAUUUAAAGUUGAAGUUGAAGAAUUUCUAUUUAAUUUUCAUUGGAGAAAUAGUGUUUAGAAAGCUUCAUGAAAUAUUCAGCAUCACGACCAACUUUGUCUUCUUUGACUCUACAAAGUCUUCUAAAAGAGUCGCUCUCUGCCAGUCCUACAAAUGAGAAGGCGCUUCGAUCUGGAUUCGUGCCUCGGUGCUGUUGUGUGAAGCCCAAUUUACCACCGGGUGGCCCCAUUAGAUUUAUCAGCAGAUAAACAUAGAGAGCUUCCUGAUAGAUUAUGUUUCUAGAAGCAUUGAGCACGCUCGGCAUUUAUCUCUCCAUACAGCAUACAGUCAGCAAGAAUCUGUUUGCUCUCAACCAAAUAUUUACCUUGUUCACAAGGUUAUCUUAUCUUUAUCUCACUCUCUAAUCUACUUGUACGAUGAUUUUCCGAUGAAUGUGGGACAUGACAAGUGUUUCGAAAAGAAUAAGGAAUAAGUCUGAGAUCCCAUCCCCAAAAACCUGGCUUGUAGUUCAGUGACAGUUUCAUUCUGCAUCUAAAGAUAGUUUGAGUCAGUACCGUGUGUUGCGUCCCGAAGAUGAACGACGAUCAGCUAGUUCCCAUACCGGUCGAAAGUCUACAAGAUCUACAGCAAAUGUACCGUCGGGAUUGGCCUCGGCAUGAGAUUAUAUACAACUGGCUUCAGAACUACAUCGAAUGGUUACGGAUCGAUAGAAAACUGAAAGAUUUUUCUGCCUUUUCGCUCAACGACACAUGGCGAGCGAACGGUACGUUCGUAAUACAGGACCGUUAUCAGCUGCUGUUUCACACGCUCGAACACACCAACGACACUCUAACUCGUGCCUUGCAUCUAGUAGACUGGGACUAUUCAUGGAAGAUAUCCGGUUGCUACCCUCGUCAUCGCUCAUCCAUGCUUGAAAUUAUCGAAAAGCAUCGCCUACAGCUCCAGUACGAUUUCUUCACCGAAAUACUGCAUAUGAGCAGGGAAAAGGCACUCCAGCUCGAUGUCACCAUCCCGCACGAACUACAACUUCGCACAUUAACCAUCGAGGACGCUGUGAAGGCAAACUCGCUCUGGCCCAACGGAGCCGUUGGAUCGGAGUUUCUGCUCAAACGUCUCGCUCUGUGGAACCCUAGCGUGGGACUGUUCGAUAAGGCUUCGGGCGAAAUGGUGGCAUGGUGCUUUCGAUUACAGUCCGGGGCGCAUGGAGUACUCGAGGUUCCCGUGAAUCACAGACGCAAAGGUUAUGGUACGAUCGUUACCAAAGCGCUGGCCAGAAAGCUAGCCGAACUGGACUUCAAUUCGUACGCCUUCGUGCAAAACGAAAACAACCCAUCGCGAGAAAUGUUUCAGAAGCUCGGGUUCGAAAACAUCGGUACCCUGCACUGGACUCGCAACGAGCCACGAAAGCUCGUCGAAUGGGAUCGGUAACAAAAACAGCUGUCUACAUCAGCUGAGCUAAGCCGAACAGCCCCUUUACGACACUGUAUCGCUUCUAGCCGAAAACCUCCCAUUCCCUCGCUUCGCCAGUUCCCCACCGGUUCCGCCUGACGCGAAAGCAUACGAAAUGAUGUAGUAAUCUUAUCAGCCCUGCACAAGACCUCAUCGCUAAAAUAAACGAUGUGUACCAACACCUACCUCAAAACAGCCUAA